AUGGUCACCGUUCUCUUCCCCUCCACUGGUGCCGCCUGCUUCGUGCAGAUGCCGUCCGAGUUGCGCGCAGUCCGUCCUGGCUACUGGAAGCGUGCGGUGGUCGCGGCGAGGGGUGUUGGCAAGGGCAUGGGAGGGCUGUGCGAGGGCGACAGGCCCAUGCUGGCGCGCUGGCUCAAGCAGCCUUCGGCGCUCCCUCCUCCUCCUCCUCCUCCUCCUCCUCCUCCUCCUCCUCCUCCUCACCAGGCAGCCCUGCCCUGUGCGAUCCCUCCCCCGUGUGCGCUUGCUGCACGUUUUUUUUUUUUUUGCUUGUAG